GAUACUGUACGUAAGAUGUGGGAAGAAGGAUUUUAGUAAAUUUGCAAUUUCUAGGCUCUUCAUUCGCUAUAGGAAUGAGUGAGUACAUCUUUAAGAUACUGCAUGAAUUCUUUAAUAGAUAGUGUAUCAUCUGGGUGCUUUUAUUUCUUCGAAUACAAAGUACCUAAUCCAUGUCGAGGAAGUAUUGAACGGAUUGGAUCACCCAAGCCGAAAGAGGACGUUUGGAAUGGCGUUUGCAAAGUUCAUUGUUCUCUUCAGUAAGCCGUAAUUAAUGUAGUUCAAGAUAAAAGUGCUCUCGAGUUGUAAUUCUGUUAUUAAAAAACCUUCCAAGUGCAAUAAUUGUGAUUAUUAGUUGUUGUAGAAACUGUAAAAUGAAGAUGUAGCUGAAAGGGAGUGGAGAACAAUUAUUUAGAUCACAAUUAACACAGGUCAAUAAAUGUUGAUUGUGAUGGCCUUUUACCGCUCGCUGUGAUACACUUCCCGAAAAUAUGUGCUUGAAAAUUCAUUAAAAAGGGUAUCAGCCAUUGAACUGGUAACGUGACUGCAAUGUCGCGUUUAAGGUUGAGAGCGUUUCAGCUCGACAGUCUAGCGUAGUUGUGCAUUAUGGACUCAUACGAUUUGUUCGGAGAAGAUGUGGGAGGGAGCAUGUUGGACAGCCUGCCGGACUUGGGGUCUGAAAACUUUGAGCCGACGCCUCAGCAGAGGGACAAUGCCGGCAGUACGGCCGCACCGUACCCCCACCAACCUUACCAGAUGCAUCAACCUGACCUGCAUCAGGAGUCCCCACUCCAGAAGCUGGCAUCGUUCGGUGGAGAUUUUACUUCUGCCGCACCUAACCAUAUGCAAAGCGACCCGGCGAUGUUCCACCAGAAUCACAGAGGGUACGACAGCACGCCCAGGGCGAUGUGUCCGACCAAUCCGAGCAGCAGUUACGGCAGGACUAUGAUGCCUCAGCAGCACGACAUGAGGCGAGCAGGGGCUCCACCACCGGCAGGCAACCAAUACGCACCUUAUUCGGAUAAUAUAUACAGCAUGGAUCAGAGUCAGGGCAUUCCAGACAGCACACUGCAAGGUUGGAACAGUGGGCACGCUUAUCCGGGCCCGGGUCCUAUGAGGCACUACGGCCAGAUGGCUCCCCCCAAUGCCUACAGACAGCAGCACAUGUACCAUCAAGAGAACCCCUUAGCGAGUCAACAGAAGCUCGGGCAACCGCAGUUUGGCGGUAACCAACAAACACUCAUGGCACCCAUGAUGAGUUCUCACCAGAGUAUGGGGACCAAUAGCAAUUAUCAGAGGCAACAAGCCAUGUACCCUCAGCAGAACAUGGUUUACCCUGGGAGUACGGGAUAUCCCGGUUACAAUGUACAUCAACAAGCACCCAGAAUGCCUCCUCACCACCUUCAGUACCCUGGACAAGUUGACAUGGCCGCCAGUCAACCUGGAGCACCUUAUAACCACAUGCAGGGGAUCCCAGGUCAGAUGGGACAUCCGGGAUUCCCCCAACAGCAGCAGCAGCAACAACAACAGCAGCAACAACAGAUGACCAGGCCUAUCGGUAUUGAAGUGAGUGGGGCUUCUCAAUAUCCAGGGGCUGCAUCAGUUCCAGUUCCGACCAGCUCAGCACCUGCGCCUACUCCUCCGAAACCUCUCAACCAAGGAAGUCCUCAGCCUCAGUAUCGCCCACCCACAGCACCAUUCCCACAGCUCUCUCCUCAGAUGUCGCCUCGACCUCAGAUGUCACCGAGACCACAGAUGUCUCCGAGGCCUGUAAUGUCUCCAGCAAAGCCCACGACAUUAUCACCACAUCCUCAUCCGCAGCAGACUACACUUUCACCUCGACCUGCUACCGCUUUAACACCCAAAACCAGUACAUCCUCGCCAGCAUCGUACCCACAGCAGAGUACACUGCAGCAGUUGGAGCAGAUGGUCAUGCCUCCUGUCAGUGGCUCAUCUUCUGACUAUCCUUCAUACAGAGGACCUCCACAAGCGACUCCUCCUCACUGGCCACCUUCUAGACCAGUAAAUGGAGGAAUGGGUAUGGGAAUGGAGCAGGGAAUGCCUCCUUACAUGCCUCCAGAAGAGUCAAGAUCCAUGGAACCUCCAAAAUCUGUUCCUAUGCCCGUACCUCAAAUGCCCGGCAACAUGAAUGUUCCAGGAAUGCCUGAUAUUAAUCUACAAUCGCAGUCACCUGUGGUCAGUGAUGCCAGUGGAGUUCCUAGCAACAGUGAAUUUCCACCUCCACAACAGCAGCAGCAGCAACAACAACAGCAGCAACAACAACAACCACCUCCACCCACCCAACAAUUACAGCCACCUCCUCAACAGACUGUCCCUACUUCCCCACAGUCUCAGCCACCUCCUCCACAACAGCAACCUUCCAUGCCCCAACAACCUCAUGAAAAAUUUUCAUCACCUCCCCAUAUUCCCCAGACACCAUUGCCAAAUGAAAUGACUUCACCAAACAUGGAAUUGAAUAAACCACCAAUUCAUGUUCCUGCUACAUCAUCUGCCAACACCACUCUAGAUCCUGUCACUGGUAAUAUGGUUCCUGUACAACCCAACAGUUACAACAAUCUUCAGUAUCCUAACAACAAAGUGGAGGAUAUGAUGAGUCCACCUACAGAACAACCUCCGAUGAUGCAAGGACCACCGGAUAUCGGACCUCCUCAUCAGCCCACCAUGUAUCCUGGUCCAGACCCAACUCGACCUCCCAUGUAUCAGCCUCCUAUCAGUCACCAGCAGGAGAUGGCAGCUCUACAACAGCAGUUGCAAGAGGCUUAUUGCAUGCCACCAACUCCUGAAGUUCAAAUUAGAAUGGCCCACCUUCAAGACCGGAUCAAUAUGUUACAACAGCAUGAAGCCAAUGACCAAUGUAUGGGUGGAGCUCUAUGUUUACUACAGAGUCCAAUAUAUAAUGCUGGCCCAUUGGAGUCCUAUCUUCAUAUGCCUGGUGUGGGAGGAAGAGGGAAAGGGAGGGGAAGAGGAAGCGGUACUCCAAAAGUUAGGAAGAGUCGCAAGAAGAACGAACAGCCCCCAAUGAUGUUUCCACCUCAGCUCCAGGAGAACAUGGCAAUGCCGAUGAUGGAUGGAGGGAUGAUGGAGCCUCCAGGGAAUCCCGGGAUGGCAAUGGGCCAGGAAAUGGAUGACCAACCUCCUGUGUUGGAGCCAUGCAACCUGCCGCCACCUCCUCCUCCUGAGAGUAGCGUCUUCAACUUUACCGAGGACGAGGAGCCGCCUCCUCCCCUGCAUGGGGAAGGCUUGAAGAAAGCAAAAUCUCCUAGGAAACCGAGAAAACCACGAGAGCCUAAAACACCUAAGGAACCCAAACCUCCUAAAGAACCAAAACCACCCAAAGAAGCUAAAACACCAAAAACUCCUAAAACUAAAACGCCAAGAAAGAAACGUGAACCUAAAGUUGCUUCUGAGUCGGGUGAAAAGGGAAAAAGGAAAUCUCCCAAGAAAAAGAAGGCAGAAGAAGAAGAGGAGGAGGAUCCCAGUAUGGCAGAUGAAGAAGAUCAAGCUUUGGAUGAUUUGCCUCUGGCAGAGGCUUUAGAGAAGGAAAAUGAACUCAAAGAAGAACCAACUGAGAGUGAACCUGUUGAAGAGGAGGAAGAAACGGAUACAGUGAAGGAAGAAGAUCCUGUAGACGCUGAAAGUGAUGAUGGCUCACUCCCUCUCAAAUCUUCUCCAUCGCCCAAAAAAGGCAAAAAGGAAAAAGAAAAACGGUCCAAAGCAAGAUCUACUAGAAAUGCCAAGACAAAUUCAAACUUGAAAAGAAAGAAAAGCAAAGUAACAACUCAUGCAUCAGAUGGUGAGGAUGGGAACAUGGUUCCUUCAGACGAAGACAGCAAUAAACGAAGAUCAGCCCGCAACACUCAGCGGAAAAAGUAUGUUGAUGACAUCAUGUUGGCCAUGUCUGAUGAUGACUCAAGCAAGUCAUCGCCAAAACUGGAUCUGUCCAAGCAACAUUCCCCUGAUUCUGCUGAUGGCCCUGUGGUUAAACCGAAUUUUGUAUACAUCAAUACAACAGAUGAAGAUUCUAUGGUCGUCCAGUACAUCCUAGCUGUGCGAAAGGGAAGAAGGGAAAUGAAAGACAUACAAAAACUACAAGCAGCGGUUUCCAGUGAGCAGCCUCCUGAAGGUCAGGAGGUGGCUGAGGCUGAUAAGAGUGAAGAUAAAGAAAAUGUGAAGAAUGAGGAAACCCAGCCGAUGCCGUCUGUGCAGCAGAAUCAGGAACAGAACGCCGAUAUAAAACCUCUUCCCGAGAGUGGGGAUCCCCAGAACAAGUUUGUCGAAGUAGAAGAGUAUUACGUCAAGUAUCGCAACUUCUCAUACUUACACUGCGAGUGGAAAACUGAAGAUGAACUCUACAAAGGUGAUAAAAGGAUAGCAGCAAAGUUAAAAAGAUUUAAACAGAAGAUGGCUCAUCAUGCAAAUAUAUUUGAAAACUUGGAGGAAGACCCGUUCAAUCCCGACUAUGUGGAGGUGGAUCGGGUGCUGGACAUGGCCGAACACACAGACCCCAACACUGGGAAGUCCAUCAAACAUUACCUCGUGAAGUGGAGAUCCUUACAGUACGAGGACAGCACUUGGGAGCUGGAAGAAGAUAUUGAUCCGAUCAAAAUACAGCAGUAUCACAAGUUCAACAAGUUGCCACCUAAAGACCAGUGGAAGCCCAAGAAAAAGCCAACUCCUGCUGAAUGGGAGAAAUUAGAUGAAUCACCCGUUUUCAAAAACGACAAUACGUUGAGGGCCUAUCAACUGGAAGGCUUGAACUGGCUGUUAUUUUCAUGGUAUAAUGGGCGCAACUGUAUCCUGGCAGAUGAAAUGGGUCUGGGCAAGACUAUUCAGUCCUUAACAUUUAUUAAUGCCGUCUAUGAAUAUGGAAUUCGUGGACCGUUCCUUGUUAUUGCUCCACUUUCCACCAUUCCCAAUUGGCAACGGGAGUUUGAAGCUUGGACUGAUCUGAAUGUAAUAGUUUAUCACGGAUCAUCUGCCAGCAGAAAUAUGCUUCAAGAGUAUGAAAUGUAUCACAAAAGUGAGAAAGGCAACGUUUUGAAAGAUUUACCAAAGUUUAAUGUUUUAAUAACAACAUUUGAAAUCAUCAUAACUGAUUUUCAUGAUCUGAAAGAGUUCCACUGGAGAUUGUGUGUCAUAGAUGAAGCCCAUCGGUUAAAAAAUAGGAACUGCAAAUUACUAGAAGGCCUUAGAACUCUCAACUUGGAACACAGGGUGUUGCUGUCCGGAACACCAUUACAAAACAAUGUAAAUGAAUUAUUUUCUCUUCUAAAUUUUCUUGAACCACAACAAUUUACAAGUAGUGAUGCGUUCCUGCAAGAGUUUGGUGCACUCAAAACAGAAAAUGAAGUCCAAAAACUGCAACUGUUGCUCAAACCCAUGAUGCUGAGGAGGUUAAAGGAAGAUGUUGAAAAAACAAUUGCGCCAAAAGAAGAAACUGUAGUUGAGGUCGAGUUGACCAAUAUUCAGAAGAAAUAUUACAGAGGCAUUUUAGAACGGAACUUCUCGUUUCUGUCCAAGGGAACAACGUCAGCCAAUGUGCCUAACCUGAUGAACACUAUGAUGGAGCUUCGCAAGUGUUGUAUUCAUCCUUACCUCCUCAAUGGUGCUGAAGACCAAAUUCAACAUGACUACCGCAUAGCUCACGGUGAUGAUCCAGAUGCCUACUUCAAAGCGCUUAUCAAUUCGUCUGGUAAAAUGGUUUUGAUUGAUAAGCUUUUGCCAAAACUGAAGAGUGGUGGACACCGUGUUCUAAUAUUCAGUCAGAUGGUCCGAUGCCUGGAUAUUUUGGAAGAUUAUCUUGUAUUUAGAAAAUACCCUUUUGAGCGCAUUGAUGGUCGUAUCCGUGGCAACCUACGGCAGGCUGCCAUAGAUCGGUUCUGCCGGCCUGACUCUGAUCGGUUUGUGUUCCUCCUGUGUACUAAAGCUGGUGGCCUUGGAAUCAACCUUACUGCUGCUGAUACUGUUAUAAUUUACGAUAGUGACUGGAAUCCUCAAAAUGAUCUCCAGGCACAAGCCAGAUGCCAUCGUAUAGGUCAACAGAAGAUGGUGAAAGUGUACAGGUUGCUGUGUAGAAACACCUAUGAGAGAGAGAUGUUUGAUAAGGCGUCCUUGAAACUAGGACUGGACAAGGCAGUGUUGCAGAGUAUGAACACGGCACAGGGUGGCAAAGAGAUAAACAACAAACAGCUUUCGAAAAAGGAAAUAGAGGACCUACUAAAGAAAGGUGCAUACGGUGCAAUAAUGGAAGAAGACAGUGCUGCGGACAAGUUUUGUGAAGAAGACAUUGACCAGAUCCUGGAAAGGAGGACACAGAUCAUUACGUUGGAAUCUGAAAAAGGAUCUACUUUUUCAAAGGCCAGUUUUGCUUCAUCAGGAAUCCGAGCUGAUAUCGAUAUUGAUGAUCCAGAUUUUUGGAAAAAGUGGGCUAAAAAAGCUGAUAUUGACACUGCAGAAAGAGGAGAUAAGAAUGAGUUGGUUAUAUCGGAGCCUCGACGAAGAACUCAGAUCAAGAGGUACGGUCAUGAUGAAGCGGUGAUGGAUAUGUCUGACUUGGAGUCGUCCAGUGGAGAUGAAGACAACGAAGAUAAUGACACAGCGAUAGGGGUCGGUAGGGGGCGAGGCAACAGAAAACACAAGAAACUGAAAAAGCUGAAGCAGAAGUAUUUUCCAGAAGAUUUUGUGAUCAAAGAAGGAGAAGUGACAUAUGGUGCCUGGUCGAGAAGUGAAUGCUUCAAAGUUGAACGUGGUCUUCUCACGUUUGGUUGGGGGCGAUGGCCUGAUAUUCUAAACCAUGGUCAAUUCAGGGAAGGCUGGAAAGAGAGUGACGUGGAGGAUGUAGCCAGAAUCAUUAUGCUUUACUGUCUACGUUACUACAGGGGGGACGAUAAAAUUAGAAGUUUUAUCUGGGACCUCAUAACACCUGUAGAGAACGGGGAAAGCGCAGUACCAAGAAAUCAUUUGGGUUUACACUCUCCAGUGCCACGAGGGGGGCGGCGGAAAAUGAAACUAAAGAUGAAAGAGGCAAGGCUUCUGGGCCAAACGUCAAGUGAACCAACGGAAAUGGACCAUUGGAGCAGGCAUGACAAGUACGACGGUGACAUCUUUCUGGAGAGUAACUACAGGAAACAUCUUGCCAGGCAUGCAAAUAAGGUUCUGUUGAGGGUCAGGAUGCUCUAUUACAUCAAGCAUGAGAUUCUGGGCGACCUGGUCCACCAUAUCUCAGAUGGUCAGAACGCUAGUGCCCUGCCGAUUUACCCACCCCAUUGUGACCAAGCCCCCGCCCCCUGGUGGGAUAGGGAAGCAGACCGUAGUCUAGUCGUCGGCACCUACAAACAUGGCUAUGAGAACUAUUCUCAGAUGCGAAGCGACCCUGCCUUGAUCUUCCUCGCACGCUGUGGUCCCCCCACUCAUACAGUCAGUGAGGAGAAGGAGCUGGGCAAGUUGAGUGAUGACGAGGAUGGUUCCGAGACGACCGCGGCCCCAGGGCCCGAUGAUCUGCCGUCCGAACCGGCCACUCCCAACCCCUCUGUGCCAGGGGAGGAGGGAGGGCAGACGGCUUCAGACGAGGACCCCAAUAAGCCUCAGUGGCCAUCCAUGCAGGAUCUCAACUCCCGGUUAAGGAGAGUCAUCACCUCGUACCAACGCAAUUUUAAGAAGGAGGAAUUGAAACUCGCACAAAAGGCCAAGCCCAUGGAGCCCCAUGCAGCAGCCGUGGAGGCCAUCAAUCAGCAGCUGGGCACCAACUGGGACUGGCAUCAACUGGCCAUGUACCUCUGGAAAGUGGAACGGACAGAGAAGUACGAACGCAUUGUGAGGGAACGGGAAAGGCAGAGAAUGGAAGUGAACCAGAAAAAGUGGUCAAGAAGAGAAGAACAGGAUUUCUACAAAACUGUAUCCACAUAUGGUGUUGACUUUGAUAGGCAAAAGAACAGGUUCGAAUGGACCAAGUUUAGGACGAUGUCAAGACUGGAAAAGAAGUUUGAUGACACAAUGACUGAGUACUACAAAGCAUUUGUUGCUAUGUGCAAACGUGUCUGCUGCAUGAAACUGACUGAGGAGGAAGAGUGCACGGAACUGUAUGUAGAACCUCUGCCUGAAGACAAGGCACGGAGGACUCUGGAGAGGAUCAACCUGCUGAGCAAGAUCAGGGAGGAGAUCUUGCCCCAUCCUCAACUGGACGAGAGGCUCCGGUUGUGUCAAGUGUCAGCUGAUGUGCCGGACUGGUGGGUGCCCGGUAAACAUGACAAGGAUCUCCUGGUUGGUGUUGCCAAGCAUGGUCUUGGAAAGACUGACUUCUUCAUCCUAAAUGACCCCGAGUUAUCUUUCAGAGAAAUUAUUCGAAAGAAUAUGAUUUCUGUAAAAAGUGAAGGUUCCAGCAACACCUUGAAACUGGAAAGGCCAGAAGAUAUCCUUAAGCUGGAUCGAAACGAAAUAGUUGUAAAAUUAGAAAAGGGAGAAGGCACGCUUAAAAUAGAAAAAAUUGGUAGCACUCCUUUGAAAACAGAAGUGCCCAUUGAGGAAAGUGGUUCAGUGAAACAGGAGAAAAGUGACAUUCCUUGUGAUAAUCUUAAAGCAGAAUCUAUGGAAGUUUCUGAACCCAGCAAUAGUGUUGUUAAAGAUAGUAUAGGAAGUGAUGGUGCUGUAAGUGAACGGACAUCAGUGUCAAACACUGAAGACCCUAAGUGCGACUUAGACUCUGUAAAUAGCGGUAGUGAAAAGACUGACAUUUCUGUAAAAGCUAAAGAAGCCGAUCCAGAAGUGAAAUGUGAAUCUGAUACAACAAAACAGGGUACUGAUGAAAAAGAAUCAGAAAGUUGUGAUACUCAAGACAAACCCUUGGAAUCAGCCCCGGUGACGGCUGAGACUCCGGGGGCGGAUGUCAAGGAAAACCUACAAGUGCCCAAAGAUAGUUUAAGUAGUGUAACUGAAUCUAGUGUUGAAGAAAAGAUGGUUUUGGAUUCUGUGAAAGGUGAAACUAAUAAUACAACUAUGAAGACAGAACCCGUGUCCAAUGAGAAACCGGAAAAGGAGGCAGAAGAUGAUAAGAAAAACGUUGAAGUCAAGUUAGAAACAGGAUCUGUAAAGAGUGAAUCUGACAAAAAUAGUUUGAAAGAAGAAACCAGAACUGAAAUACCUAGUAAUACUGAUGCAACAAAAGGAAGCUCUGGUGCAAAUGCAGAGGUGGUGGACAGGUUCAAAGCCAUGUUCCCAGAACUGGAGGUGAUGCACAGGCUGCCUGAGAUUGAUACAACAGUUGUAGCAGAUAAACAGUCAACAAUAGCUCAGCUACUGCAGCAAAGUUACCAGAAUCCCAUUAAGUGGCCCAAGGACCACGCACUACAAGUGAGGCUUCAACACAUAGUGCAUUGUGUGGAACACAAGGAAUGGCCAGUGGGUCGUACGUUCUCAGCGUACGCUGGUGUCUCGGUGGGGCCAGAGAUGGACCAGGACGCUCCUGACACACCUACCUCCACGCCCCGCUCGCUCUCUGAGGGCUCGGAGGUUAUCACCAUCACCACUGAUCACUCAGCCCGCCAGGCUCACCAGCCCCUCGCCAAGCGCAAGCGGCACAUCGCCAUAGACGUUGAGACCGAGAGAGCUAAACUCCAUGCUCUGCUGAACAGCACAAACAUGCAGAUGUCACACAUGAUGAAACACUCCCCAGCAGCACCAUGGGACAAUGAUGAAUCGCUCUCCGAGGACUCGAGGCGUUCAACUCCGGUGACAUCAGCCCUGCAGCCUCCCCCAGCUCACCAGCAGUCACACCAGAGCACUCGAGUGUUGUCAAUGCCCUUUGACCUCAAGUAUCAUGCCACUCCCAAGCAGUCUCACUCACCCGCCCCCUCCACACUCAUUCCCGGCACUGCCAGCACACUCACCCCCAUUGAUCUGUCAUCCAGUGUGUCCAAAACAUUAUCCUCAUCUGAUUCUGCAAGAGCAAGCACGUCCAAAGAUUUACCAUCUGCGAUGGACGAAGUACAAGAUUUCUCAAUGCCAAACAAAAACAAACAACCGCAGCAGACAAAGAGCAAGCUUGAUGACAUGCUGAAUAAACUUAUGCAGCGUAAGAAUUGUCCAGUACCUGUAGAAGAACCCGUUGUUGGAAAGGAGAAGAAGCGUCGUAAGCUGGACGAGAUUGUACUGGGUCUGUCGGCAGCCAAGGAACAACAGGUGGAGCCGAAGAAAUCACAGCCUAGUGUGAGUGUGACCGUGACCAAGUCUCCGGCUCCGAGCUCCAAGCCACCGUUCCUUGCUCAGGCAGAGCAGCACAACCUGCUGCUGAAACAGCAGCAACUGCAGCAGCAGCUGUUACAGCAGCAGCAGGCGAUCAAGAUGGCACAGCCCAACUCAGCGACAGUGGCACAUGUUCAACGCAAGACCUACGAAGCCAUGAUUGCUGACAUCAGCAAAGUAGCCGACUUCUCUGCAAAAAUCAGUUCCUAUUCGCACGAGGCAAAGGUGAACAAAUGGCUUGCUGAACAGACGUCAAUGAUCCCAGAGCAAUCCUUAGGGGCAGACUUCAUGUCAGCUCCCAGACGAAGGAGGCCUAGGGUUGAUCCUACUCUACUGGACUGGAAAAAGUUAACUGGAGAGGAGAAUGUGUCGGUUAUCAACAGGAUGACAGGCAAAAAGCUUACUGGAACAAAAGCACCCCAACUGAAGAGAUUGGCACAGUGGCUGCUUGAAAAUCCCAUGUACGAUGUGGAUCCCAAGUGGGCGGAACUCGUGAAAGAGAGAGGGAAUCUACCGCAUGAUCUUCAGAAGCGAUUGCCACAAUCCGAGAGAAAGAAGGGACCCGGGAGACCGCCUUUGCUGUCAUCACCUCCAGGAGGCUCUCAGACGUCGACCACUCAGUCUUCGUCAACUCUUCCUACAGCUAACCUACCUUUCCCGUCUCUGGCUUCAGGCUUGGGUGGGAUCAAUCCCAGCACACUUCUCUCUGGCUUGUCUCUGGGAGGUUUCGAUCCUAAAAACAAUCCUCUGCUGUUACCAUUUGGAGGCAUGCCAAAUAUCAGCGCUUUAAGUGGUAUGAGUGGAUUGGGAAAUAUGAGUCUGACGAACUCCCUGUUUGCUAAUUUGGCAGGAUUAGGCCUUCCCUCGCUGGCCGGUAUGGACUCUUCCUCACUAACCAACCCGGCUACUUCUACACCAUCUGGCACUGCUGAUGUGAAAACGCCUAAAUCACACAAAACUGAAAGUAAAACAACUACCAAAGCAACUCCUGUUUCAUCGUCAUCGUCAACUCUGCCAACAUCUUUACCAUUUUUCUUUCCUAAUCCUAGUCUUCUGUACACACCGCUGGGAUUGGGAGGCCUGAAUCCGUUUUCUUUACCGCCUGGAUCGAUGUCAUCGGCUUAUGAUAGUUUGGCUCUACUGAAUGGUGGUUUAGGAGUGAAUGCAACUCAGGCCCAAAAUCGAGCUCAUAAGAACACGACAUCAACGACCAGUGUCUCUAGUGGAAGAGCGUCCACCGUGACUUCAGCUUCCACAAGUCAGAGCAAGCAGCAACAACAGCAACGACUUCCAGCACAAUUCUUACUUCCUCACGAUACACAUCUGCUCGAGAGUCUUACCAGGUCAUCGAAACCCAAACAACCGAGGCCUUCAUCUUAUUCAAGAGAACAGGAAAUGAAAGAAGCUUUGGAGACUUUGAGUAAAAGCUCAACGGAACUUCUUCCUAGGAUACCGCAGGAAGACAGAACACAGAAAAGAUCAAGAGAAGAAGCUUUCUCUUCGGCACCAGUGGACUUGGUGUCUAGUAAACGUAGCCCAAGUCCGGCCUCGAAGAAGAGCAAGGAGUCACCCGUGCCGUCUCCUGCAAGCAAAGCUUCAAACUAUUCAGGUGGACUCGAUUUAUCAAAUCACGGCAUUCCCGAAGAAAGAACUAAAACGCCUCCACCUGAAAAUCCGGUCUCUGUAAGUGAAAACUUUCCUGAAGAAAGUAGGAGCACUAAUAUUGUUAAUGAUAGGCCUCUUUCUCCUGAAGGCACUACUCAAGAAAGCACAGAACCGGAAGAAAGAAUCGAAGAAAUGGGUGACGGUGAACCGAGUGCUAGUGAAGAGUCAUCCCUUCUUCAUUCAGAGACCAAAGAUGAGAGUGGGGAGGGGGAGGGAGAGUUAACUAGUAAUGAGGGUAAGGGACGAAAACGUCGUGGUAAGAAAUCUCUAGAUAUAGUUCAGCGAAAAAUGCUGCGGAGUAGUGCAGGUAGGGCAGCUGCCGCCGCUGCCAGGGCGCGUGAGGACCAUUCCAAUUAGGAUCAAGUGACAGCAUUUGAUUUGACACCAACCUUAAUCGAUUUCUGUUAAAUUUACCAAACAGUAUCUGUGGAUUAUUCUUGCUUAAAAAUUGCCUAAAAUCAUUUCACAUAAUAUGAGUUUUUUGUUGCCUCCGGUUUUAAUCAAUACUAUUGUUGAUAAAGUGUGGAUAUUUCGAUUAUAUUUGGUAAUAUUAUUUAUUUAUUAUAUGUUUCAUUUUAUCACCUUGUUAAUACAUUUUGUAAAUUUAUUUGUACAGUUGAUCUUUAACUACCGUCAAAAGUAAGUUUAUGUAUAUAUUAUUUUCCAAGAACACCAAAUGUUAGAUUCGAGUUAAGAUUAGUUUUUAUUGCUCACUAUAAGGCAAAUCUUGCAUUCUACCAAAUUAAUUUUAUAUUGCAUUACCGUAGGUGCAUGAUACUUUUGUUUAAUUUAAUUUAUGCAAUACGGAAAAAAGAUUUUAGACUUAAUUGUAACUUUAUUGCCUGAGUAAAUUUAAUGAAUGGUUCCACUGCCUUAAAAAUUAUGUAAUAUAUUAGCUAAUAUAUGUACAGAUGAAAAAAAGUUUUUUUUCUAAAUUAUUUUCAAAACGUAACUUUUUUAGAGAUUAUAAAAUAGGAACUUUUGGUACAAAUAAGGAGAGUUUGGUGUGGUAUAAAACCAAAUACUGUCAGUUGGCCUUGUACUAAUGUACACUGUGUUGUCAGUGGUGAGUUAUUGUAGUGACGGUUGUUCUUUAUUCUUAUAUUUUAACUGUGAUACAUCACCCUCAGAGCCGAGUCGUUUUGCUUUUAGGCUACUAUUGUAUUUUUCUUUUUUUUACUAAUAUAUUUUACUAUAGUUUACGUAUUGUGUUGUUUGCUACAAGGUAUACCCGUCAUGUUUUAUAUGUUUCAGUUAUUAAUGUAUUUUAUUAGAUUAUUAUUUCUUAGUUUUUUUUACCUUUUUGUGUGUUCAUAGUCAAUCGUUGUUUUAUUUCCAAAGUGUUAAGGAGGUGGAAGGCGUGCAAGUCCACAUUGGUAUAACAGUAUUUUAGUGACUUAUGUAAAUACAUGACCAGUAUUUAAUGCUGUUUGUUUAAAGUAUUUUUGUGAAAGUAUAUAUUUAUUGGCAGCUCCUUGAGCUGAAAUUCUACAAUAAACUUUUCCUUAUUUCUGUAUAAUAAAACUCAGCAACUUGUACAUAACUGUUAUGGAGCCUAUUUAGCGUAAAAUAUCUAAACUGUAACUGUAAUGUGUAUAAUUUGUAAAUUGAACAGUUGAAUUAUGCCCUAAUCUUAGGUUGAGUAUUGUGAACUUAGAAAAUUUUAAAAGAAUUAGGUGAAACCUUAUACAAGUAGCACUUUGUACAUAAUUCUUAAACAUAAUUGAUCAGACUAAACUGCAGUAGCCUUUAAAGUUCAAGACUGUCUGUCAACAAACACGAGACGAAUCGACAGUUAUUUUGUUUUCUAUAAAAUGAAAAAUUUAGGUCUAAAUUUUCAAUAUACAUUGGGUCAUAAAGUGCCAGUACGAUUUUUACAUCACAAUCAUUAAACUAAAAUGCCUUUUUAAUGGAAACUAUUACUUUUUAUAAAUAAAUUUGUUAUGAAUAUAAUAACUAAUCCUUUAGCCUUUUAUAGCCCUUUCAAAAAUGUCUUAUUUAGUUAAUUGGGAAUUUAAUUUAUUGUUUAUAAUAAUUUAAGAUGAUAGAAGGGGGUUGAUAGUACUCUUGUUUACUCCCGUAGUGGUUCUCAAAUCGGUUGAACUGUACAGGCACAUGGAUAGUGCGGUAUCUAAACGCUGGGUGAUUGUGGCAGGUAUAUCAGACCAGUGUUCUUUUUUACAUAUUCAUUGCUAGUAACUUUAUAAGUGCUGUAAUAAGUUUUGUUAUCGUGAAACAUUUUACUUUUAUAGAUAGUGCAAAUAUCACCUGACAAACGUAAACUUUGGAUGUAUCGUUCUUUUAUCAAGACCUGCAUAUACGUUACGUUUUAUAUUAGGACAAAGCCGACUCUUUAUUACACAGAAAUUUGUCACCGAUUAUGGUGCAAAAGAUUAUUUAUUCAUAUGCCGCUUUUGAAUAAAAGAAAAAUUCAUCCUCAUUUGCAUUUUGCCAAGUACAUAUUUAUGCUAGUACUGAUUGAUUAUUGAUAAACAAGCUUAUCAGUUAAAUCAUCUGUGUGAAUAUUAUCAAAGAUUUGUUAAAUUUGUAUGUUCUUCAUUGUGAAAUAAUUAUUACAUAUUUUUUACAAACCGA